AGUGGGGCCGCCACAGCUGGCAGGGCCUCUGGAGCACCGGCACCUGCACUGGCACUGGCACUGGCACACGCUAUGGCAGAUGAAGUGCAAGUCCUGCCCUCCCCGCUGAAAGGGGGGCAUCCGCCCGCAGUAAAAGCUGGAGGGAAGCGAAUUUCAAAAAAACAAGAAAUUGGCGUCUUGGAGAGACACACCAAAAAAACAGGAUCUGAGAAAACAAGUGCUAUUGUGAAUGUUGCCAAAAUACAGACGAUGGAUGCCCUGAAUGACACACUGGAGAAGCUCAGCCAUAAAUUUCCAGCAAUAGUGCACAUGGCACAUCAAAAACCCAGACCUGCUCUGGAGAAGGUCACUCCAAUGAGAAGGAUCUACAUUAUUCAACAGCCUCGAAAAUGUUAGGGUGGGACGUAAAACACAGCCAUCUGCCCAACUGCCUCCAACGUCUGACAGCUUAGCACAAGGACCAAAGCUUCCCUUAGGCUUGGUGCACUUGCUUAGUAAAUGAAACAGCCUUUGUAUCUUCUCUUUGGAUGUUAGAUAAUAAAGCAUCCAAAAUUGUGAAUGCAA